CCCCAAGGGCCGCCCUCGCCUGGGCCGAUCCACCUAUAUAUAAACUUGUGCUCCUCUUUCGGCUCGUAUCACACCCACAAUUUCCCACUCAAAAACCGGAACGUGCAAUCCCACCAGUGUCCAGUGCUCACAUCAGGUAAUCGACACAGCUCUCCAGCCAAGCUAGCACAACAAGCCCAAUCAACAGAACAACAACAACAACAGGCGGCAUGGCGCUCGCGGAGGGGAACAACGGCGCGGUCGUCUUCAGCGAGGAGCAGGAGGCGCUGGUGCUCAAGUCGUGGGCCGUCAUGAAGAAGGACUCCGCCAACCUGGGCCUCCGCUUCUUCCUCAAGGUCUUCGAGAUCGCGCCGUCGGCGAAGCAGAUGUUCUCGUUCCUGCGCGACUCCGACGUGCCGCUAGAGAAGAACCCUAAGCUCAAGACGCAUGCCAUGUCCGUCUUUGUCAUGACUUGCGAGGCGGCGGCGCAGCUUCGCAAGGCCGGGAAGGUCACAGUGAGGGAGACCACGCUCAAGAGGCUGGGCGCCACGCACUUGAAGUACGGCGUCGCAGAUGGCCACUUUGAGGUGACGGGGUUCGCGCUGCUUGAGACGAUCAAGGAGGCGCUCCCCGCUGACAUGUGGAGCCUCGAGAUGAAGAAAGCCUGGAGCGAGGCUUACAACCAGCUGGUGGCGGCCAUCAAGCAAGAGAUGAAACCUGAUGCCUAGUGCGACCACUUUUUAGCUUCAAAUUGACCCAUGACGCAGCACCGUCUCAAAUGUACCGUCGCUUGAUUUGCCGAUUAACUCGUGUGAUCUUGCACUUUACCAGUUUCUCUCUGGAGAAGCGUCUGUUAUUAUUUUUGUGAGAGCUUGUAUACUGUCUUUUCUUGAAUGUGAUUAGUAAUAAAUAAAGAUGUAGCAUUCUCCAUUUUGUUA